UAUUCUUUUAAAACCCAAAAGGCAUGGUAGCUGCCUCGAUUCCGAGAGAGAGGAAGGCAGCAGCAGAAGCCAUGUCUAGGGUUCUUGGGAGUGGCAGAGUGCUCAUGGCGGCGGCCAAGGGCGGGGCGAAGGAAGCAGCAGCAGCGAGGGUGGUGACGAAGGUGGCAGCGGCUGCUCCUCCUGCAGCGGCAGCAGCGACGCCGCCGAAGGUGGGCUUGCGGAAGCCUGUACCGGUGUCCCCAGCGUUGAGGAAGUUCCUCGGCGUCCAGGAAAGCACGCGGAUGGAGGUCGUCAAAAAGAUCUGGGAGCACAUCAAAGCCAACCAGCUUCAGAAUCCUAAAAAUAAGCAGGAGAUUCGCUGCGACGAGAAACUGAAGACUAUAUUUGAUGGCAAAGACAAGGUUGGAAUGCUCGAAAUGGGGAAAUUGCUCAACCCUCAUUUCCUCAAACCUUAGUAAACCAAGGGAUGUUGUCAUUGCUGAAUGUUUCUGAUGUCUGUUGUUAGUUUCUAAGUAAGAAAAACCCUAUCCCACUAAACUAGGACUCAGUGCACUACAAACUAUGCCUUAUGUUGAUGUUUCUCAUGUGUCUUCUUUAUGCAUAUUGUGCUAAUCGCAAUGGUACCUUCAGAACCCAGAUAAACUUGUCGAUUGAUCCAUCAGCUGGAUUGGUUGGUACUCAGUAUAAAUGUCUCCUUUUGCAAAA